CAAGGGAGCUAAUUGAAGGAGUAUCGUUAGCAGAAUCUGUUUCUUUCUCUUUCAAUUAUGUCGACUUUCACGUUUUACGCGAUUUAUUUCUUCUCGCUGGUCUUCGCCAUCGAAGCUAAUAAAUACCUGAAAGAUAAACAGAAGGUCAACGUCGACGCAAACAAUCUUAUGUAUAAUGCAGCCAUCGGACGUCACUUUCGAAUGAUUAAGGUCCAAGAGAUUUGGAAUAAAGCCGAAAAGCGCCUUACCGGUCAGCCAUUGGCCGACUGCUAUGCCGAGCUGAAAGUUCAAGACAAACUCCAGUAUGACCUGAAGUGGCUGAAACAUAAAAACAAGCAUAAAGCUUUGGAGAAAGAACACGAAGUGGACACACAGCUAAUGACUAUUGCAAGGAAGUACGACUUGGGUGAGUACCCUGGCAUGAACAAACUAAAUAUCCCAGAUCCCCACAUAAAUAAGGAUGCUGCAAAAUUGAAGAGUAAACAUCUAAAGAAACUCUGGAAACAAGCCCAUUAUUCAGGUUUCACAGAUGAAGAAUUAAGUAAAUUGCAGGAUGAAUUCCUGAAACACCAACAGAAACUCGAUGAAUAUGAAAAGAUGAAGGAGAAACUUGCUGACUUAGAAAAGGUUACUCAUAACAACUUGGGUAGCGAUGACGAAUUGAGACUGGUACAUAAAGAAUUCAAGGUGAAAAAUAAAGAAAUGAAAGCAGUCCAUCGAGAACUUAAUAAGAAAUUUGAUGGUUUGACCAAACAGGUGAACGAAGGGAAAGUAGAUGAGGAUUUCACUGAUUUCCGAGUGUACCAGUUAUACGCCAUGGCUAAAAAGACAGCAAUGUCUAAGAACGAACUGGAAAAUUUUAAGGAGGAAUUAAAAUCUUUCCAGCAGCGCAUCACUAAACAUGAGACUCUGAAAGAAAUGGUGAUGCAGUCGAAAGAGUAUUUUGACAAACAAGUUGAUGAUGGCCAAUAUCCGAAGAAACACACAGACUUAGUUAACAAGGCAAACCAUUAUGAACAUGUGGUCAAGAAACAUCACAAUGAACUUUAUCAUCGAGUGGACAGCAUGAUAUUUAAACACACAGAACUUUAGAAUUCCCACAUUUUGUUUUUUUUUUUUUGCCUUUUCUUUUGUUUUUGUGCCUUUUCUAUUUUUUGUCUCUUUCUCAAUCUUCUACCCAUGCCAUGGAAGGACUCGGUGGCCUUCUGCUCCAUAUGAAAUCUUGUUCACUUCUUUCUUUAUAGAGACUGUUAUCCGAUAAAAGUCUG